AUGUCUGGACGCGGCAAGCAGGGCGACAAAGCCAGAGCGAAGGCUAGGACUCGCUCCUCUCGGGCCGGGCUGCAGUUCCCAGUCGGCCGCGUGCAUCGGCUGCUCCGGAAGGGCAACUACGCGGAGCGUGCGGGCGCCGGCGCUCCCGUCUACCUGGCCGCCGUGCUGGAAUACCUGACAGCCGAGAUCUUGGAGCUGGCGGGCAACGCGGCAAGGGACAACAAGAAGACCCGCAUCAUCCCGCGUCACUUGCAGCUAGCCGUCCGCAACGACGAGGAGCUGAACAAGCUGUUGGGACGGGUCACCAUCGCCCAGGGCGGCGUCUUGCCCAACAUCCAGGCCGUCCUUCUGCCCAAGAAGACUUAAAAGGCCAUCAAGCCCCGAGAUCAAGUCAUAUAAUCUCCAUUCCGGAUCUGCAGCG